CAGAGAUGCAGAGAAUGGAUUUUGAAGAUAAGUCACCCAAAAAGUACUGCAUGAAGAAAAAGCAUGUGGCCAUCAUCUGUGGCGUGGUCACUGUUUUAGCUCUAAUUCUGGGACUUGCGCUGGGAUUAAGCAGACCAACAGACUGCCAAAUUUCAAAUGGAGAUGGGCAGGGGCCAACGGAAUUGCCCACAAGCCCCGCACCGGAAGCCAGAGACCCUUGCCCUGCCCAGAAUGAUGACAGCGGAGCCUGGAGAAAUUUCAGAUUACCCCUCGACGUUAACCCGGUUCAUUAUGACUUGGAGCUGAGGCCGGAGAUGGGAGCGGAUCGCUACACUGGAAACGUCACCAUCUCCAUCAAGGUGGACAGCCAGACUAGGCACUUGUGGCUUCACCUCCGAGAGACUAAGAUCACAGAAAUGCCCCUGCUCAAGACGUCCUCUGGUGAACCAAUCGCUCUAAACCAAUGUUUUGAGUACAAACCACAGGAAUAUAUAGUGAUAGAAGCAGCAGAGGAACUCACUCCUAACACUUAUCUCCUGACAAUGAUGUUCCAAGGCCAUUUAAAUGGUUCCCUGGUUGGAUUUUACAGAACAACAUACAUCGAGAAUGGAAUUACUAAGAGCAUAGCAGCUACUGACCACGAGCCCACAGAUGCACGGAAAUCAUUUCCUUGCUUUGAUGAACCUAACAAAAAGGCAACUUACAAGAUAUCCAUAAUCCACGAAGACACAUAUCAAGCUCUGUCAAACAUGCCAGUGGCGCAAACAGUAUCAUUGGGUAACAGUUUGAAUCGGACAACAUUCCAAGAAUCUGUUAAAAUGAGCACUUACUUGGUGUGCUGGGCUGUGCACCAGUUUGACUACAUAGAAAGAACUUCAAAAAGAGGAAUUCCUCUCCGAGUUUAUGCACAGCCGCAGCAAAUACACACAGCAGAAUAUGCAGCAAAUGCGACUAAAAUUAUAUUUGAUUUCUUCGAAGACUAUUUCGAUAUGAAUUAUUCUCUUCCCAAACUAGACAAAAUAGCCAUUCCUGAUUUUGGUACUGGGGCCAUGGAGAACUGGGGACUGAUCACUUACAGAGAAACAAAUCUGCUUUACGAUCCCAAAGAAUCUGCAGCUUCUAACAAGCAAAGAGUGGCUGCUGUGGUUGCCCAUGAACUGGUACAUCAGUGGUUUGGAAAUAUCGUGACCAUGGACUGGUGGGAUGACUUGUGGCUGAAUGAAGGGUUCGCCAGCUUCUUUGAGUUUGUAGGUGUAAAUGCAGCAGAAAGCGAUUGGCAAAUGCUGGACCAAAUUUUAAUUGAUGAUCUAUUUCCAGUGCUGAAGGAAGACUCUUUGCUCUCCUCUCACUCUAUUGUAGUGAACGUGAAUUCUCCUGCUGAAAUAACCUCUGUGUUUGAUGGCAUAUCCUACAGCAAGGGAGCAUCAAUCCUCAGGAUGCUUCAAGACUGGAUCUCACCAGAAAACUUCAAAACUGGAUGCCAGCAAUACUUAACCAACUACCAUUUCAAAAAUGCAAAAACAGAUGAUUUCUGGAGAGCUUUGGAAGCGGCAAGUGGUAAACAAGUAAAAGAAGUAAUGGACACCUGGACCCGGCAGAUGGGAUACCCUGUGCUGAAUGUGGACUCUAACUUAAAAAUCACACAAAAACGUUUUCUCCUGGACCCCAAAGCAAAUGCCUCUGAGCCACCUUCGGCCUUCAGUUACAUGUGGAAUAUUCCAGUGAAAUGGUACAAGGAGAAUAUGACCAGUGUAGUGCUCUACAAUAUGUCAGAAUUGUCAGGAAUUACACUUACACAGCCCAACAAUUCCACUCCUGAUUCUUUCUUGAAAGUAAAUCAGGAUCAUGUAGGCUUUUAUCGUGUCAACUAUGAAAAUGAAGCCUGGGCUAACUUAGCCAAUAUUAUGAUGAACAACCAUCAGAAAUUUUCUUUGGCUGACCGUGCUGGCUUUUUAGAGGAUGCCUUUUCAUUGGCCAGGGCUGGACUCCUGGAUUAUGGCCAUGCAUUGAACCUAACAAAAUAUCUACAAAAUGAGACAGAAUACAUACCUUGGCACAGAGUCAUAGCAUCAGUAUCCUAUAUUGGAAGUAUGCUGAAAGAUGACCGUACACUCUAUCCCAAGUUUCAGGAAUAUUUCCGUAGCCUAGUCAAACCCAUCGCAACCCAGCUGGGAUGGGAGAACAACGGAAGCCAUAUUGACAGUCUUCUCCGCGUGACCGUUCUGGAGUUUGCAUGUAGCAUGGAUGAUCCGGAGGCUUUGAAUAAUGCAUCUAGUUUAUUUGCAAGCUGGCUAAAUGGAACAAGUUCAGAUGUAAAUCUCCGCCUCCUCAUAUACCGCUAUGGAAUGCAGUAUUCAGGCAAUGAGAAAGCCUGGGAUUACAUGUUUCAGAAGUACCAAAUUACAACAUUAGCACAAGAAAAGGAGAAGCUGCUGUAUGGCCUGGCAUCUGUGCAAAAUGUCACCUUGCUAAACAGAUUUUUAGAGCAGAUCAAUAAAACGGAUCUCAUUAAAAGUCAAGACGUGUUCACUGUGUUGAGGUACAUCUCCUACAACAGCUAUGGCCAAACAAUGGCUUGGGACUGGGUACGGCUCAACUGGGAAUAUUUAGUCAGCAGAUACACGCUCAAUGACAGAAACCUCGGUCGUCUCAUAGCAAGAAUAACGGACUCCUUCAACACAGAUCUCCAGCUUUGGCAGAUGGAAUCUUUCUUUGGUAAAUAUCCUAAUGCUGGAGCCGGAACAGCAUCCAGAGAGCAGGCUCUGGAAACGGUGAAGAGCAACAUUGAAUGGCUGAAGAACUACAAAGAAAAGAUAGCCACCUGGCUGACCAGUAGAGGGUGAA